AGCACAAUGGCUCGAUCUCUCGCCGCGCUGGCCCUAGUGGCCCUCCUCCCUCUCAUCUCUGCACAGCAGAUGGGUUCCCCGGAAAAGCGGCCCCAACUAGACUCGUGGAAAUGCUCUCACAAGCAUGGAUGUGUGAAGCUGAAGACCUCUGUUGUGCUGGAUGCGGCCACGCAUGUCAUCCAUGACCUGCACACCAACACAUCCUGUACAACAGCCGACGGCACGCUCGAUUCCGCGAUCUGUCCCGACAAGGAAACCUGCGCGAAGAACUGCGUGAUCGAAGGAAUCACCGACUACGCCGCCCACGGCGUGACUACUCGCGGAGGUAGCAUGACACUGCGCCAGUACCUCCGAGAAGAAGAUGGCCAGCUCACGUCCGUAUCCCCACGCGUAUACCUGGUUGCCGAGGACGGAGAGCACUACAACAGCCUGCAUCUCCUCGGCCAAGAGCUCUCCUUUGACGUGGACGUAUCCAACCUCCCCUGCGGCAUGAACGGGGCGCUCUACCUCUCCGCCAUGCUGGAGGACGGCGGCCGCAGCAAGCUCAACCCAGCCGGCGCCAGCUACGGCACCGGAUACUGCGAUGCGCAAUGCUUCACCCUCCCCUGGAUCAACGGCGAAGGCAACGUCGACGGCGCCGGCUCCUGCUGCAACGAGAUGGACAUCUGGGAAGCCAACGCCCGCGCCCAGGGCCUAACCCCGCACAGCUGCAACACCACCGGACCCUACCAGUGCAAAACCGCCGAAGAAUGCGGCCAGGCUAGCGGCGGCGUCUGCGAUAAAUGGGGCUGCAGCUUCAAUCCCUACGCCCUGGGAGCCCACACUUACUACGGGCCCCGCAUGGUCGUCGACACCACGAAGCCCUUCACCGUCGUCACCCAGUUCCUCACCAACGACAACAACAACAACAACACCACCACGACGACGACGGGCACCCUGGCGGAGAUCCGCCGGGUCUACGUCCAGAACGGCAAGGUCAUUCAGAACGCCGUCGUGCAGUCCGCCGGUACGUCGCUGGACGCCAUCACGGACGCCUACUGCGACGCGAACGCCCAGUGGUUCCAGAGCCGCGGCGGUCUGCCGCAGAUGGGCCGCGCCCUGCACCACGGCAUGGUGCUGGCCAUGAGCAUCUGGAACGACGCCGGGGGCUACAUGCAGUGGCUGGACGGUGGCGACUCAGGGCCCUGCAAUGCCACCGAGGGGGCUCCGUCUUACAUUGAACAGCACACGCCGGGUACUUCGGUGACCUUUGCGAAUAUCCGCUACGGAGACAUCGGGUCGACGACUUUUGGACAUUAGUCAC